CUCGAAGUCAUAUCGAACGGAUUCACUUGCCCCUUUCGAAUCCCAAAGCCUCGAUGUAUUCUUUCGCUCCCUGAAUCCUCUCUCACCCAAAUCCAAAACGAACGAAUGGCUCUCGCCCUCUUUCGCCUCUUCCUCACCCCGUUCCGGCGGACCAAUACCAAUUCCCGCCUCCCAAAUCUCCUAAACCCUAAACCCCCUAAGCUCUUCUCCUCGCCCAAAACCCUAAUCACCCAUUCCAAAACCCUGGUUUCUUCGUUCUCCACCUCAGGAAAAACCCUAAUUCUCACCGAAGACGAGCGCUUUGGGUCCGAGGACGCGGGCAGGAAUGAGGCGUCCCCAGGUUGGGGGACGAUCGCGGCGAUUGUUACCUCCAUGGGCGGUGGUUCGGCAGCCGUCGGCAUCGUCCGGCUGUCUGGUCCGACGGCGGUGGACGUCGCAGCAAGGGUGUUCCGGCCUGCGAGGACGUCCAAGGAAGGGUCUCGUGUGGUUUCCUGGAGGCCUAGAAGCCACUUUGUGGAGUAUGGUUUCGUCUUGGACCGGAAGGGCAAUGUCAUUGACGAGGUCCUUGCAAUUCCUAUGUUGGCACCAAGAUCUUAUACCAGAGAAGAUGUGGUUGAGCUCCAGUGUCAUGGAACCGAUGUAUGCUUGAACCGAGUAUUAAGAGCCUGCCUAGAGGCUGGGGCAAGGCUUGCGGAACCUGGGGAGUUCACCCUUCGUGCUUUUCUUAAUGGACGCUUGGACCUAUCUCAGGCCGAAAAUGUUGGAAAAUUGAUAGCAGCAAAGUCUGUGGCUGCAGCAGAGUCUGCAUUGGCUGGUAUACAGGGAGGCUUCUCGAACCUGGUCAAAUCACUGAGAAAGAAGUGUAUCGAGCUGCUUACAGAAAUUGAGGCACGCUUAGACUUUGAUGAUGAAUUGCCAGCUCUAGACCCUAAACUUCUGGUAAAUCAGAUUGAUGAUAUGUGGAAUACUCUCCAACAAGCGAUGGAUACAGCUAACUAUGACAAACUUUUGCAGUCUGGUCUCCAGAUAGCAAUCAUUGGCCGGCCAAAUGUUGGGAAGUCAAGCUUGCUCAAUGCUUGGAGCAAAAGUGACAGAGCUAUAGUUACUGAUAUUGCUGGAACGACGAGAGAUGUUAUAGAAGCCAGUAUUACUGUUAAGGGUAUUCCUGUUACUCUUCUUGAUACCGCUGGCAUCAGAGAAACCGAUGAUCUUGUAGAAAAAAUUGGUGUAAAGAGAUCAGAAUCUGCUGCCCUGGCUGCAGAUGUGAUAAUUAUGGUGACAAGUGCGGUUGAUGGGUGGACUGAGGAUGAUAGGACACUUAUUGAACACAUUCGAAAGAAUCAGAACUCAGCAGGUUCUGCUGUGCCCAUGAUACUUGUUAUUAAUAAGAUAGAUUGUGCCCCAUGUGUUUCAAUGCAACAAUUUAAGAUGGGUACAACCUCCUUCGUGAAGCAUAUUCAAACUUGUGCUGUCAAUGGUAAAGGCAUUUCAGAACUGGAGAGGGCUGUGCUAGAGGUCAGAGGUUUUGACACAAUUCAAUUAGGAGGGUCCAGAUGGGCAGUUAAUCAGAGGCAAUUUGAGCAGCUGCUCAGAGCCCAAGAGUCUCUAUCCAGAUUGAAAUUAUCAAUGAGUGAGGAAUUGCCCAUGGAUUUUUGGACGAUAGACUUGAGGGAAGCGGCAUUGGCCCUUGGGGAAAUAAGUGGGGAGAACAUAUCUGAAGAAGUGUUAUCAAACAUAUUUGGCAAGUUUUGCAUUGGCAAGUGAUCCACUGGUGAGGUUGUAUUUGUUGCAUUUUUUCGGUAUAUGACUCUACAAUUUUUCCUUUCACACAGUUCAGCAAAUUUUAAGACAGUUAUGAAAUUUGUGUGUGACUCUAAAUUUUGGGCCCAAUAACUUUGACAUGUCUUGUCAAGACAUCCAAAUUAGUUUGCCUAAAGAACAUUACUGAGAUUGGAGAUCGGGAUGCAUCCGUGUGAAUUUAUGAUAAGAGGAUGGCACAUAUCAUCCCUGUGAGAAUGUGGUGGCAACAUAGGAGAGGUUCUGAGCAUCAGCUGGAUUUGAAAUAUGGUGGAAGUCAAUCAUUUUUUCCAACAUAUGUCAGUCGGAUACCUUGUCCACUGUAAACAUUUUCUUUUACAUAAGAUUUCUAUAAUUUAGUGGGAGGCUGCUAAAGUCCAGUGUAUAAAUGUUAUUUAGCAGUUGCAAUUUUUUUAUGUAAAAAUGAACCAAAGGAAAUGAUACAUUAUUCUGUUGUUGCUCUUUUGCUCCCAGUCAUGUUAUAAACUUUGCAGCUAAAAUUUAUUA